AUGGUACUCAUCAUGUCACUUUGCAUCUAUUGGAGAGCAAGGAAGACAGAGCGUCCACUCAUUGAAGAUGACAUGAGAAGUGCUGAUGCCUUGCAAUUCGACUUUGGCUCCAUUAGAGAUGCAACUAAUAACUUCUCUGAAGAAAAUAAGCUUGGACGGGGAGGGUUUGGUGCUGUUUACAGGGGGAGGCUUUUCAAUGGAGAAGAUGUAGCUGUGAAAAGGCUUUCGAAGGAUUCUGCGCAAGGAGAACUAGAAUUCAAAAAUGAGGUCUUGUUGGUGGCCAAGUUGCAACACCGAAAUUUGGUUAGACUCCUUGGUUUCUGCCAGGAAGGAAGUGAAAGACUUCUUGUUUACGAAUUGGUCCCAAACUCAAGUCUCGACCAUUUCAUAUUUGAUCCAGUCAAGCGUGCACAUUUGGAUUGGGAUAGUCGCUACAAAAUCAUAGUUGGCAUUGGGCGAGGGCUGCUUUACCUUCAUGAAGAUUCUCGUCUGAGAAUUAUCCAUCGUGACCUCAAAGUUAGCAACAUUUUGUUAGAUGCAGAACUGAACCCCAAAAUUGCAGAUUUUGGAAUGGCAAGGUUGUUCCUGCUUGAUCAAACACAAGGUGAAACAAAUCGAAUUGUAGGAACCUACGGAUAUAUGGCUCCAGAGUAUGUUAUGCGUGGACAGUUUUCUAUCAAGUCCGAUGUCUAUAGCUUCGGUGUGUUAGUUCUGGAGAUAGUGAGUGGACAAAAGAACAGUUCUUUCCGUCAUGAAGGGAAUGUGGAGGAUCUUCUAAGCUAUGCCUGGAGAAGCUGGAGGGGAGGGUCAGCAGCUUCAAAUCUAAUAGAUCACACCUUGAUGACUGGUUCAAGAACUGAGAUAAUGAAAUGCAUCCAUAUUGGAUUGCUCUGUGUACAACAAAAUAUAGAUGAUAGGCCAACCAUGGCUUCGGUCAUUCACAUGAUUACCGGUAACUCCCUCGCUCUUCCGGUACCCUCACAACCUUCAUUUCUUAUGAUUGGAUCCAGCAAAGCAGGGAUCAUGGGGUCAAAUCAUUCUAGUAGCAACUCUGUUCCAAAAUCAGCAAAUGAGGCCUCGAUUACAGAACUAUCAUGUCGCUAG